AUGGCGGCGACGCGGCCGGCGCCGGGUCCCUUCUCGUUUUUUCUGCCCCAAAUCUUUAAAAACCCAGCGCCACCUUCUUUCAGAGCCCGAAUUCAGCUACAGACAUUCCCCGAGGCUGCCAGGGACCGGUGGGGCCGCGGGGAGACGGCGGUUUGCUCCGGGGCCGCCGGGCCCGCCCUCGAAGACGAGUGCGUGGGCGGCGGGGGCGGAGGGCACAGCCCAGCGCGUCCCCCACGGCGACCGCCUGGACCCGGCCCUCCCCGCCCCGGCCCGGGGCCGCCCACCUCGGCCGCUGGCGUCCUGCGCGCGUGUCCCCGGCCUCGCCGUUCCCGUGGCACCCCGGGCACCCCGGCACGGACGCCACGCCCGCCGCGCUCACCUCUCCCGCCGCAUGGCGCGGGCGCCGGGGUGGAGUUCUGGCUUCAGGAUCUGCUCGCCGCCGCCGACGACCUCGACCCUUCCAUUCAGACCCGCGAGGACGCGCGCCCCGCCCCGGCGCCCGCCCCGUCCACGCCCGAGCCGGGAGCGCCAGGUCCGCGGGGCUUCCCGCGCUCUUGGGGGGGCUCCUGCCGCGGCGUCGGGGGCCUGGGCAGCGAGGGCCUCCAGAGGAACCAGCACUGCCGACUCCUUGAUUCUAGCCCACUGAGGCCUAUUUUGGAUUUCUGCACCCCAGAACUGUGAGAGAGUAAAUUGUGCUGUUGAAGCCACCACAUUUGUGGUGAUCUGUUCCAGCUGCAAUAGGAAGCUCGUAUGCUUGGCAGUUCUGAUCGUGAACUCACCUUUAUGUUGGAGAUUCCUUUACACAUAAGUCCCCUUAUCCACAGCGGACAAAUUCCAUGACCCCCAGUGGAUGCGUGAAAUCGUGGAGAGUACUGAAUCCUACAUAUAAUGCGUUCUUUCCUAUAUGUAUAUAUCUAUAUCUAUGAUACAGUCUAAUUUAUGAAUUAGGCACAGUGAGAGAUUAACAACAAUAACUAAUAGUAAAAUAGGACAAUGAUGACAAUAUAAUGUAAUAAAAGUUUUGUGAAUAUGGUCUCUCUUCUCUCUCAAAA